CAUCUUGUGUCAGAAUUUAUAAAAAAUAUAUGUUACCAGCCAACACAAUCUUAGUUACGUUAAUAAGUCAUGAAACAAUCAACAUCCUAACUUUAAAAAUUAGGAUAAUAGAGCAUAAACAAAUUUUAGUUUGAACCCUGGACCUAGCACCGAAACAAGUCAAGGUUUUGGGCUUAUACGGCUACUGUACCCCAUUUGUAGUAAAGUCACACAUCAUGUUUGGUAUUGCAUCGCCUAAUUAUUCUUUCUCAUCUUACCAAGUAGUGAGUAAACAGUUUUAAAUUAUAUCAUAAGAUGUUUCAGAGCGAUUGCUAUGCAUGUGGGCUUGAUGAAAGUGAGAUCAAUGCAAUCCAAGAAUCAGAGCUGAAAUCCUCAUAUGAUAGCCUCCACAAGUACCGUGAUCUCUGCACAAACAAAGGGGUCGAUGAAGAGGAUGUGGAUAUAUCAUUGAUAUCAGGAUAUGGUGUGGGUGAAGGGAUUGUGGAACUAAUCUAUCAAAACAAUAUUAAGAAGCUCGUUAUGGGAGCAGCAGCUGAUCCUCACUAUUCCAGGGGAAUGUCUAUCACAUCUAGAAAAGCAGAGUAUGUGAGUCAACAUGCACCUCAUUGCUGUAAAAUGUGGUUCAUCUGCAAAGGGAAACUCAUUCAGAAAAAAGAAGGAAGUUUCGGCAUUGGGAAUUCAUCAGAUUCGUUCUCAGAAUUCGAUGGUUUUGCUCAGAAACCAAGCGAAGGAAGAGGAAGGGAUGAUGGCGAAACCGAUUCAGGACGAAUUAAAAAAACUGACGAAGAACCAAAGAGAGUAAAGAAAGAAGAUGAGGAGACAAAAAGAAAGGACAGCGAAGCAGACGCGAGUCCAUGUGCUCCCGAAAAUUUCAUUUGUCCCAUUUCAAUGGAGAUAAUGAGAGAUCCUCAUGUCGCUGCUGAUGGUUUCACUUACGAGGAAAAGGAAAUAAGAACGUGGCUAAACGGAGGGAAUGAUAAGUCGCCAAUCACAGGAGCUAGGCUCGGUCAUCGCCAUCUCACCCCUAACUACACUCUUCGUUCACUCAUCAAGGACUGGCUCCAUCAGCACCCAAACUACAAACAUUGAUUAUCAUCUAAUUUGUUGUGAGUUUUGGAAUUUUCUGUAAGAAAAGAAAAAUAUGUAUGAUAAAAAAGGUCAUUUAUGCGACCAUCAGUUUUGUCAAUAAAAAGUUUCGCUACU